AUGGAGCGGCUCUGGAGGUCUCUGCUGCUGGUGGCCUCUUGUGUCUCCACUGUCCAGGGCUCUCCAGAGCUGGACGUCAGGGAAGCCAGCAUCAACACGUCCCAGCCUGUGCACAUCCUGGUGGAACGCAACCUGCUGGUGCUAACAUCCGCCGGCCUCACCCACAUGCUGAACCAGACCCGCUUCCUCAUGGUGCUUUUCUACAACCCGUCCUCAAAGAAAUCCAGGAACAUGGCUGAGGAGCUAGGCAAAGCCGUGGAGAUCAUGGGCAAAGGCAAGAACGGAGUUGGCUUUGGCAAAGUGGACAUCACUGUCGAGAAAGAACUUCAGAAGGAGUUUGACGUUAAGAAGACCCCCGAUUUGAAGCUGUUUUUUGAGGGCAACAGAUCAGAGCCCAUCAGCUGCAAAGGAGUGGUUGAAUCUGCUGCCUUGGUCGUUUGGUUGAGAAGACAAAUUAGCCAGAAAGCAUUUUUGUUCACGGACACCCAGCAGGUGGCAGAGUUUGUGAAAUCCAGGCCCUUGGUCAUCAUCGGCUUCUUCCAGGAUUUAGAGGAAGAAGUAGCAGAGUUGUUCUACGAUGUGAUCAAAGACUUCCCAGAGCUCACAUUUGGAGUGAUACCAAUUAGCAAUGCCGUUGGGCGUUUCCACGUCACCCUGGACAGUGUUCUGGUGUUCAAACAGGGAAAAAUUGUGAACCGCCAGGAGCUUAUUUAUGACACUACUAACAAACAAGUCCUCAAUCAAGUCAUAAAACAGCACCUCACGGAUUUUGUUAUAGAAUUCAACACUGAGAAUAAGGAUCUGAUUUAUGAUUUGAACAUCCUGAAUCAUAUGCUGCUCUUCGUCUCCAAAAGCUCUAAGUCAUUUGGCACAAUAAUGCAGCAUUACAAGUUGGCACUGAAGGAAUUCCAAAACAAGAUCCUUUUCAUCCUUGUGGACGCAGAUGAACCCAGAAACAGACAUGUCUUCAAACACUUCCGGAUCACAGAGGUCAACAUCCCAUCUGUCCAGAUCCUAAACUUAAGUUCUGAUGCAAGGUAUAAAAUGCCUUCUGAGGAGAUAACCUAUGAAAACCUCAAGAAAUUUGGCCGGACCUUCCUGAAUAAAAGUGCCAAAAAACAUCAAUCCAGUGAAGAGAUUCCAAAAUAUUGGGACCAGGGGCCGGUUAAGCAGCUCGUUGGGAAGAACUUCAACGUUGUCGUCUUUGACAAGGAAAGGGACGUAUUUGUGAUGUUCUAUGCGCCCUGGUCUGAGAAGUGCAGGGCGCUGUUCCCAGUGCUGGAGGAGUUGGGCAGAAAGUAUCAAAACCACUCCACAGUCACCAUCGCCAAGAUUGACAUCACGGCAAACGACAUUCAGCUGAUGAACCUGGACCGGUACCCCUUCUUCAGGCUCUUUCCCACUGACUCUCAACAAGCUGUACCGUAUAAGGGAGAACAUACCAUGAAGGGCUUUUUGGACUUCCUAGAAAGCCAAAUCAAGACCAGGAUUGAGGAUGAAUAUGAGCUAUUGUCUGUUGAACAAACUGAAGUGAUAGAAGAGGAAGUAUUAGCUGAGGAAGAAGAGGUACCUUUUAUGGAGAAAGAGUCACCUGAGCAGAAGUUGCCUGAGCUGGACAAUGGGACCAAGCUGGAAGAGCCAGCUGGGCAGAAGGAAACAGCUGAGGAGAAGGUGGCUAAGCCAAAAGGACCUCUAAGACAAGAGAGGAAACCAAGAGUUAAGGAUGAACUGUAG